UAGAGAUCCUGCAAGAACAACAUCGCCAAGAGGAAUAACUAUUAGAAGCGAGGGUUCCGGGGAUUGUAGCAAAAGAUCGUGGGAACCCAUUUCAGUGUUUGUCUGAUGAGGAGUUCAUUGAUAGGUAUCGCCUCUCCAAGGAUGCCACCAUAGACCUUAUUGAAGAAGUGAGGCCACGUGCAAAUGUUGACAGAAUGGGCAGAGGAUGUGGAAUUCCACUGCACCUCAAAAUGCUCGUCACUUUGAGAUACCUGGCGACAGGGAAUUUUCUUCUCACCAUAGCUGAUAACUUGGACAUGUCAAAGGCAUCAGCUGGCAAGUGUGUUAGAGAGGUUGCACACCUCAUAUCAUACCUGGCACCCACCUACAUUCAGUUUCCACGACCAGAGGAAGCACACCAUGUGGCCCAACGGUUUUAUGACAUUGCUGGUAUGCCAGGUGUAAUUGGCUGUGUCGAUGGAACCCACAUCCCAAUACAGAGUCCUGGUGGUGACGAUGUUGAAAUGUAUCGAUGCAAAGGUUUUUAUUCAUUAAAUGUCCAAGGCAUAUGUGAUUCAGAUUUGAUGUUCACAAGUAUUGUUGCAAGUUGGCCUGGAAGUGUUCAUGAUGCCAGAGUAUUUGAAAAUUCUAAUGAGUGCUACAAUUUAGAACAGGGUAAUUAUAAUGGUUUGUAUUUAUUAGGAGACAGUGGUUAUCCCUGUCGAGAAUAUUUAUUAACUCCAUUAUUAACUCCAAGGAAUGAAAAAGAAAGAAACUACAACAUUUCUCAUGCUAAAACAAGAAACUGUGUGGAGAGAGCAUUUGGUGUAUUAAAAAGAAGAUUUGCAUGUUUAAGUAUACCACUUCGCACCAAACUUACAAAUUCCAAACAAAUUGUGAUGGCAUGUGUGGUUCUGCACAAUAUUGCAGUGUCAAAAAAAAUUGAACUUAUAGAUGAUGAAGUUCUACCACAGGAAGACAUAGAAAUGGGAGAUGUAGAAUUUGAGCAAGUAGUGGGUGGUAACCGUGUAAGGGAUAGAAUAGUUCAAAGAUGGUUCUAGCUCCCUGAGAAAGUAUAGAAUACUUUAGUGCAGCGACAGCCAAAUUUCUCAGGUAGGGAAGAUGAAAUCCAUGGCCAACUUUGUACAUGCAACACUCAGCCACUGUCAUGGAGCCAUAUGGUCUGGUGGGACGGAUACCUUGUCCGAAUUUCCUUCAUCUGAUUUUUUUACAAAUUAGUAAAUGUUACAAUGAAGAAUUCUACCAUUACUAUACAGUAGGCCAAAACAAAUAUUUCCAAUAGAUAUUUAUUUUUUUACUACAACUAUAUAUAAAUAUUUCUAAUAAUUAUCACAUAACAAUUGUUCUAUAUA